UUUCUUUCAUUUUUUUUUCCAUUUUUUUUUUCUUCAAAAAACAUAAAUUCACUUACAUUAUGACUAUACACUAUGACCUUGUUCAAUACCCAACAUCUGACACAAUAAAAAUAGUGACCCAUUUACUUGAGCGCAUUACAAAGACAAACGAUCGACUGCAACAAAAAACUUCACGGCACACCUCACGUUAUGCUUGUUUCUACGCACGAGCCAUACCAAGCAUUGAUAUUCAAUCGUAUCUUGGACGCAUACUAAAGUAUUGUCCUUGCUCCAACGAAUGCUUCCUUAGUCUUUUGGUUUAUUUUGAUCGCAUGUCUCGCAACUCGUCUGGUUUAAGAAUCGACUCCUAUAAUAUCCACCGUCUUGUCAUCACUGGUAUUAUGGUUGCAAGUAAAUUCUUCUCAGACAUCUUUUACACUAAUGCAAGAUAUGCCAAGGUUGGUGGAUUGCCUGUAUCAGAACUGAAUGCACUUGAAUUACAAUUUUUGAAAUUGAAUAAUUUUAAAUUAAACGUUCAAGUGGAAGAACUUCAGCAAUACGGAGAUCAAUUACUAUGGCACUGGAUUCGAGAGAACCAGAAGUCAGCAAUGUAUCGUCCUGUUGUAGAAUAUAAAAACGAAGACUACAAGCCUGCAAUUUCUUACAAGUCUGAUAAUGGCAACAAUACACUCAACUCAAAAAUACGCUCUUGCUCAAGCCAUCUUUUGCUUGCUACUGAAAAACCCGUUUCAGAAAAGUAUGAUUCAAUUACUCGCUGUUAAUAAUUCUCUUUUUGUAUAUAUGAUACCUUUUCUUUUUUGUCACUUUUUCUAUUUUUGUAUGGAUAUGGAUAUGUAGUAAAUAUACAAGCAAACCCCAAUAUAUAUACGCACUAAUUACAUAUACACAUAUACAUAUAUAUACGUACAUACAUACAUCUAUAUUUAUCUCUUUUUUUUUUUGCAAACAUUACAUAAGUACAACUUUUUUUUCUUGAUUAUUAUUAUUAUUUUAUACGUUUAUAAAUAUAAAUCUUAUGUAAUUCUAUUAAAUAAAAUUUGUUUUUUUUUCUCACCUA